CUACCUGUGGGUCUCGGCGAGCUAGAAGGGUUAGGGGUAAUGGAGGGAUGUUCAGGACAGCCCUGAAAGAGCCCUGGAGGCCGGUUUCUGUGCUGGAGGGGGUUUACUUGGAGCUUAGGGUUAAAGUUCCCUUCCAACCCAACCAAUUCUAUGUGCUGAUGAAGCUCAGCAACUGACAGGCAGAUUGGCAGCAGUGAGACAGGUGUGUGUGCCAGCAGGUGCCUGGUGGGUCGUGGGCUCAUCUCAUUGUGGCCGAGAGGAGCACGUGGGAGGGUGGCAGCAGGAGACCUGCUGUGUGACAUGCUCUGUUGGAGAUGCAGGAGAGGAGAAAUCACAGGUUAAAGGAGGAGAAGGAGGCAGUAAUCUAGUACAGGAGGCAGCAUCCUUAUUCCCAGGAAGAAAAGACUCCCUCUUUUCCUAGGAGCAUCGUUAGUACGUGCUGGGAGGAGGAGUCCCCAAACAGGCAAGCAGACGUAGUGGCUGGGGAUGUUGAAUGGGGAGCUGUAAAUCAGCAAGCUGCUAAUUAAGACUACAGAAAGCUAGUGAGUUACUAAAGAUCUGUAUUACUCUUUUCAGAGCUCUAGGCUGUUAACAAGCUCCCUGGGACGUGUUCUAAGCACGUGGCUCUCAGGGGACAUUGCUUGAGAGUGCUUUAUUUUGGGCAUGUUCUCGGAGGUGAAGUUCCCCGUGCCCUGGGGUCAUGUGGCAGCCAAGGCCUGGGGACCCCCAGAGGGACACCCCGUGCUGUGCUUGCAUGGCUGGCUGGACAACGCCAACACCUUUGACAGGCUUAUUCCACUGCUCCCCAGAGAUUGCCGGUACGUGGCAAUGGAUUUUUCUGGCCAUGGCUUGUCAUCUCACCGGCCUGCAGGCUCCCCUUACUAUUUCCUAGAUUAUGUGAGCGAUGUGCGCCGCGUGGCAGCUGCAUUGCGGUGGAGACGGUUCACCCUGAUGGGUCACAGUAUGGGUGGGUCUGUGGCAGGAAUGUUUGCUUUCAUUUAUCCUGAGAUGGUGGACAAGCUGAUCUUGCUGGAAAAUCUUGGCUUUCUACUAGCUCCAGAGGACACUGAGGCAUGGCUGAAAUCCAAGCGGCUGGCUAUCGAUAGAUUACUGAGUCUAGAAGCAAAGCAGCAAGCUCCCAAAGCACGUAGCCCCAAAGCAGCAUUGCAGAGGCUCUUAGAAGCAAACAGACAUCUGACAGCAGAGGGUGGGGCAAUCCUGCUGCAGCGAGGAGCAACUGAGACACCCACUGGGCUGGUGUAUAACAGAGACAUGAGAGUCCGUACGCAGAGUCGAGAAUACCUCACUGUGGAACAGUGUGUGAAGCUCCUGCAGAAGAUCAAGGACCGUGUUCUCAUCAUAGUAGCACAAGAUGGACUCUUAGUACCACAUAAGCUAGAGAGCAGAAAUCAGUUUGUGAAAUCCUUACGGGAGGCAUUUGAGCAUACCCUCAAAGAGGACAUCCAGCUAGUAGAGGUGCCUGGGAGUCAUUUUGUGCACCUGAACGAACCCGAGGUGGUGUCUGGGAUCAUCAGCAACUUCCUGACAGCGCAGAACAGCAGAGCAAGGCUCUAAGCAGUCACUGCAACAGCAGUCCAGGACAAGAAGUAGCUAAAAAUCUGACUCUGGAGAAAUUGUCACCAUUCCUACCUCACAUCCAAUGUCGGUUUCAUGCUGCUUAUUCCUAAGCUGAGCUCCCUGAAGGGGUGAAUGCAGAUCUGCAAAGUUAGAUACACAGUAGCUUUCCCCUUUCUUCUUCCUAACUUCUGUAUCCUAAAAUGGAUCAGGAAUACAGGCAGAGGCUCCUCAGGGAGCAGCAGCACCAGCAGCUGUAGCAGUGCAAGAGAGAGGUAGCUCAUUCUUUCCUCCUCUCUCAGCAUGAAGUGACAAGUCUCCUCCCAGGGCUAAGCCAGUUGAAAAAAAAACAGGAAAGAGUUCUGCUUCUCUGCUUAUUUCCAUGAUUGCCUGAGCUCAGGCAGCCUCAACCUCUCUUCUACUGUGAGGGCUGCUGCUUUUUUUAAUAAUCAGCUUAAAUGAGAGCUCACCUGGGUACAGAAGGCCAUUUCAAUGAACUGCUGGGAAAUGAGUCAUUAAUCCUCUAGCUGAAGCAGCUGUGAGAACUAUUAGUAAUGGAAAAGUUGGCAGAGGUGAUUUCUGUCCUUCUAAAUAAAGAUUGAUCUUCCACUGUUAA